UCAAACACUGUUUACACGUCAUUAGUUAGUCCGAGGGAAAAAAAGGAAAAAAGAAUACCAUCAUUAAAUGCGCCUAUUAUGAACGUUAAUUGCAAAAUCAUGUGCCCAUUUUAUGGGCCCUUCUAAUUCUUUUACAGUGAUGCGUCAAAUAUCCAGAGUUCAAUCCACAUCUCUAACAUCAGCGACUGCAUGUGCUUCCUUGGACAUGUCCCCAACCACCACAACCGCCUUCUUCAACUACUUCAAGCAUGCGUGGCCCUGCCAUCUCUCGGUAUAACAAAACUCGUCCACGCCCUCACUAUCACAAUGGGUUCAGUCCCAAACAAACCCAUCUUCCCUUACAACAAUAUCGUAUCGUUGUAUGCCUCGCUCGGCGAACUAUCAUUUGCUCGUAAGUUGUUUGAUAAAAUGCCCUACAGAAAUGUCAUCUCUUACAAUACGAUAAUUGGGGCUUAUAGUAAAGAUGGGGAUGUAGGAGAAGCUUGGAAUUUGUUUUCCGGGAUGAUGGGUUGUGGAUUCCGGCCAACACAGUUCUCGUUGAGUGGGUUAUUGUCGUGUAGAGCACUGGAUCUUUAUCGCGGUGUUCAGUUGCAGGCUUUGGUGAUAAAGAAUGGACUGUUUUAUGCUGAAGCUUUUGUGGGCACUGCUUUGUUGGGCUUGUUUGGGAGACACGAUCGUGUGGAAGAAGCAAUCGUUGCAUUUGAAGAUAUGCCUUGUAAGAGUUUGGUAACAUGGAAUUCAAUGUUGUCUAUCCUUGGUCAUCAUGGGUUUGUUGAACAUUGUGUUUUUUUGUUCCGAGAGCUUAUGACGGUUGAGUCUGCUUUGUCUGAAUGCUCUUUUGUUGGUGUUUUGUCUGGAUUUUCAUGCGAACACGAUUUGGAUUACGGGGAACAAAUACAUGGCCUAGUGAUUAAAAAUGGGUUUGAUUAUGAAGCUUCUGUUGUGAAUUGUCUUAUCAAUAUGUAUGUGAAAUGUACUGACAUAUUCUCUGCAGAGAGAACACUCAAGACGAUGCCCAUUUGUGAUGUUGUAUCUUGGAAUACAAUCAUUGGCGCAGCGGCAAAUUGUGAGAGACCUGGAAAGGCAUUGGAACUCUUUUUGGAAAUGUGCUCGAGUGGAGUAUUCCCUAGCCAGUCGACGUAUGCAAGUGUGAUUAACUCAUGUACAAGUUUGGAGAUUCCAAUAUACGGAGAAUUCAUCCAUGCCAAAACAAUCAGGAGUGCUUUGGAAUCUGAUGUUUAUGUGGGUAGUGCAUUAAUUGACUUUUAUGCUAAAUGUGAUAAAUUGGAAAGUGCCCAUCGUUGUUUCGAUGAGAUAUAUCAGAAGAAUGUGGUUUCUUGGAAUGCUCUAAUUUUGGGUUACUCAAAUAAAGGCUCUUCCACUUCUAUGUUUUUCCUACAAGAUAUGCUGCGAUUGGGCUACCAACCUAAUGAGUUCUCUUUUUCGGCUGUUCUUAGGUCAUCGAUUGCAUUGGAACUGAGGCAGCUACAUGGUUUAAUUAUAAGAAUGGGCUACCAGAAUAAUGAGUAUGUAUCAAGCUAUCUCAUUACCUCAUAUAUAAAAAACGACAUCAUAUCUGAUGCCCUGGUCUUCGUUACUGCUUCUAAUGAUCCACUCUCCGUCGUACCGUCUAAUAUUAUUGCUGGGAUUUAUAACAGAAAUGGUCAAUACAAUGAAACAGUAAAGUUACUUUCUCUACUUGAAGAACCUGACAUUGUAUCUUGGAACAUAGUGAUUGCAGCUUGUGCUCGCAACAAUGAUUACAAGGUGGUGUUUGAGCUUUUCAAACACAUGCACAUGGUUUACAUGCAUCCAGAUGGUUACACGUUUGUUAGUCUUCUGAGUGUGUGUGCUAAUAUUUGCAACCUUGCUUUAGGAAGUUCUGUUCAUGCUCUCAUGACAAAGAGGAAUUUCAAUUGCUGUGACACAUUUGUUUGCAAUGUGUUAAUCAAUAUGUAUGGAAAAUGUGGCUGCGUUGAAAGUUCGAUAAAAAUCUUUGACAAAAUGACAAAUAAAAAUCUCAUAACCUGGACGGCUCUAAUUUCUGCCUUUGGACUUAAUGGUUAUGCUCAGGAGGCAUUAGAAAGGUUCAGAGAAAUGGAGUUUCUGGGGUUCAAGCCUGAUAGGAUGGCUCUCAUUGCUGUGCUUACUGCAUGCAGACAUGGUGGGUUAGUGAGAGAAGGGAUGGAGUUGUUUGGACAAUUGAAGAACUAUGGAGUUGAACCCGAAAUGGAUCAUUACCAUUGCAUGGUGGACUUGCUGGCUAAGCAUGGACAUGUUAGGGAAGCAGAGAAAAUGAUUCUCAGCAUGCCUUUCCUGCCAAAUGCAAUUAUAUGGCGUAGUUUCCUUGAAGGCUGUAAGAGGCAAGAAAUUGCAAAGGACCACAAACAAUGGGACAUGUAAAUUAGGAUCAGCUCAAUAACACAUAUCCUGGAGAGGUAAUGUCACUGUUUAUUCGUGCAGACGAGUUAUGCUUCUCAUCUCUGCUGUUAGGCCUAAUGUCUGCAAUUCAUCAGAUACUACACGAAAAGAUAUAUUCUUGGGAGGAUAGAUGAUUUUGGCUAGUAAAGGCCAGUCUGUGGACUCUGUGCUCCGCUAACCUGGAUGGAAGCCAAACAGAGCGGGGAAACAAAUCAAAGGAUGUUUCUGUCUCCUUGCUCGAUAUGAGGAUUACCUUUCUGUUAUAUACAUUCUGAUGAUAUAUGCUCUGCAGGGUACAGGUUUACGAUGUCAUGUCAAUAAAUUAAGAGACAUCAAUUAUCCA